GUGAGGGCUGAAGGUGUUUUUGCAAACCUCUGAUUGAAUUCAACCCAAGAUACAUUCCUUCCUAGUGAUAGCUGUGCCUCUGCAUUUUACUAGGGAGAAGUAAACCAGUCCCUGCAAGGCAACUUUUGUUCAGCUAUGGCAGCUUCUUCCUUCCGGAUUUGCAGAGACUUUGGGGCCACCCUGGGGCUCUUGCUUGUAGUCACAGGUAUGACAAUCGUCAAAGCUUCUGGUGAAAGAAAUAACGUUUCCCAAAAACAAGAUGCAACCACUUUCAUGAAUGUGAUAAAUACACGUUUCAUUGCUGCAAGAGGGGGCAGCCGAAUUACCCUUAGCUGUUAUUUUGGUACUCAGGCAAGUUGGCAUAAAGAGACUGAUCAGGGCAAACACCAGGAGAUUAUGAACAGCUCCAGAGUCCAUGUGACUAGAAAUAAUUCAAUUGUAGUGAUGCAGAUCAACAAACUCCAGCACACCGACAAUGGUAUCUACCACUGUAAGAACAAGGACUCAUUGAAGGCGACAUGUGGUACUGAACUCAAAGUCAUGGGUAUCAGCACCUAUGAGCAAGUGCAGAGUCGGCACAACGUGAAAGAUGCUAUCAUCUUAAUCCAGACAAUUCUUCUUGUCCUUUUUGUGAGCAUACCUGUGUUGCUAACCCAAGGGAAGGGUGACAGAAAAGAUGCCUCUGGGGAGGAUCAUACUUACGAGGGGCUGACGGUUGAACUAGCUGAUACGUAUGAAGACAUUGGGGUUUACCAAGACAGACCAGAGAAGUGGGAUUUGGGGGAACAUCCGUGUGAAGAAUAAAAAGGCUAGCAGCUUGGUCAACCACAGCUGACUUAACCAAAGGGCCCCAAUUCCUGGGGCAAACAGGGUCCACUGUAAAAAUUCCACUCUAGAGAAGCUUUUAAAAGGUGCUUAUCUCUUGCUUGCAGCCACUCUGCUAGAAACUACUAAAGAGCAGUAUUCACAAUCUCCAGAUUCGCCGGGAAUGUUGAAUCAAAGACAUUCAAAUGGGGAGAAGAUAGGCAGAGACAAUUUGAGGCACACCAUAAAAAUGAAAACAAAAAGAACUGAGAAGAAUAUGUAAGUAGAUGGGCUUUCUGGCUUGAGUUUGCUCAACAUUCCAUUCCCCAAAUGGCAUUUUUAAAAAUUGAACAUUUUCUGCUCUUUCCUGGCUAGGCAACAGAGCAUUGAAUCUGAUAAACUAGUAUCUAGCAUCACAUUGCUUUAGUUUCUUUAACCCAAGACCCUCCAGAUGGUCUGGGACCAAUGCUCCCAGAAUUCCUUACCAAGAUGUCUAUGGUGAAAAUAUCUGGAAUAUAUAAGCUAUAUAGGACAUAAUGUUUCCUACUGAGAUUUACAGUUUUGCAGUUAGGAUUUUCCUUCUUUAGGCUCAUGUUUUAAAAAAAUAUCUAGCAUCCUUAUGAAAUAAUUUCAAACAUAUAUGCUGAACUUUUCAAAAUAAUAAAAAAAACAUUUAAUACUAAUGGUUUUCCCCCCAAAUUUUGACUUAGCAUAUUACUUCUUUGUUUCAGGAGCAUGGGGAAAAAGUGUGUUUUCAAAUUUCUACCACAGAAAUCUGAAGAUGUAACAUUUUUAGCUCAAUAUGCAUAACCAAUUUCUUAAGAAUAACCUUUUAACCAAGUAGUUUUCAGAACUACUUGUAAAUAAUUAUAUUUUGGGUCUAAGGGAGCUCCAAGUGCCCUCCAGCUGGGUUGAUUGUCAGUUGCCAAAACUGGGUGAAGAUUACAAGAGUUUAAUUCAAACACAUCUGAAAAGCACCAGAUUGGAAGAAUGAUAUAUUAUGGUAAGGGCUGUGAAGAUUUUUAUUCCUUGGUGAACACAUCUGUCAUAGACCUUCAGAGAUUGCAUUUUGAAAACCAAAGUAUUUUUUUAAAAAUCCUUUUUGAAGUAGAGAUCUAGUCACUGUUGGCAAGCACAGAAGCUUUGCUAAAAACCAACCUGGUGAUAGAUAUUUUGUUGCCCAAAAUGGAACAACUGUGUUUGCGUAGACAUCUAUUUCCAAAACAAAAAUAAUGAAAGGCUUGUUGUGAAGUGAUAACACAAACUACACCUUUUGUACUAAUGUUGCACACACGGAUAUCUAAGAGCCAGAGUUGUGUUGCAGAUGUUUUGCAAAUUUAGCACUUCUUCCGAAACGCCUACGUGUCUCUUGUUCCCUCAUCCAGAUCAAGUGUUUCAGUGAACACUUGAGGCAGAAGAUACUGCCAGCAAUAUUUCCAUUGCUUGACCAGAGAAAGUCCAUAAGAAAACAAUAACUAACCAUGUAUCAUCUUUUCAUACUUGCUAAGGUUAUCCUGCCACUAAACAAUCUUCACAUCAAGAAAGUGGCAAUUCAAAGCCACAUUCCACAUAUAAAACACAUAUACAGUUAUUAUCAAGACACUGCCCCAAAUGUCCUUGUUUCAGGGAUGCUCAAUUUCAUACUGUUUGGGCAUGUUUUUCUGCAAAUUACUGACUGGAACCAUUUACUUCCUGUUUUUUUCACAAAGCAUAGCUAAAUACCUCCUCUUCUCAGAAAAUAAAAUUGAUGUAGGAAGCUGGGGGGACUGGGGGAAAUAGCUUCAUGCACAGACAAAACCAGAGAGUCAAAAAGUUAAUUUUCAUAAUUAAGUUUCAGUUCUGCCUACUGUGCUUUUCAUAGUCUGCUUCUACCUCUCUGCAUUUUUCAAUUUAUAAUGAAUCUCAAAGCUGGGAUUCAAAUUCAGCUGCAUUUAAAAGGCAAUGUCCCACUUCUUCUUUCCAGUCUGUAAGAACUUAAGUUGUCCUGAACCAACUAGACCCAAAGCCUGUUUUAUGCCAACUGAAAGACAGAUAAGGGAGCAUAAGGCUAUCAAUGACUAUCAGUCACAACAGUCCCUGCAGAGGCAGUAUCCUGGGGAUCUCAGAUAGGAAAAUACUAUUUCCCCCCCCCCCCUUAUUUUUACCAUUGCCUGCAAUCCUCAGUUAACUAUAUCUUUCAGAGAUCCUGGAACACCAGGGAACUACCAGAGGACUGGAAAAGAGCUGA